ACUGACCUGAUUGGGGCACUCUAUUCACCCACUGACACCAAUGAUUGGGGCACUAUUCCUCCCACUGACACCAAUGAUGGGUCACUAUUCCUCCCACUAGACACCAAUGAUGGGGCACUAUUUCUCCCACUGACACCAAUGAUGGUCACUAUUUCCUCCCCCACUGACGAACCAAUGAUGGGGCACUAUUCCUACCUCACUGACACCAAUGAUGGGGCACUAUUCCUCCCCACUGACACCAAUGAUGGGGCACUAUUCCUCCCACUGACACCAAUGAUAGGGCACUAUUCCUCCCACUGUAGACACCAAUGAUGGGUCACUAUUCCUCCCACUGACACCAAUGAUGGGGCACUAUUUUCCCACUGACACCAAUGAUGGGGCACUAUUCCUCCCACUGACACCCAAUGAUGGGGCACUAUUCCUCCCACUGACAUUCCUCCCAAUGAUGGGGUGGCCACUAUUCCUCCCACUGACACCAUAUGACGGGGGCACUAUUCCUCCCACUGACACCAAUGACGGGGCACUAUUCCUCUCCCACUGACACCCAAUGAUUGACCACCAAUCUGGCUUACUCCCACCAAUUCCAGGGCAUUUUAAACCCCCACUG